AUGCCUUCCGCCUUUGCCGCUUCUGAGCUGAAGCAGGCGCUGUCAGAGAUCCCUUGGGGCAUGCGAACGUACCGCUUGCUCCCCGACGACCCCGCUGAGCCCGACGCUGCUCGUGCCGAGGUCGACUUGCUCGAGGAGGGCCAGAGUGUCACCGUCUCGUGCUCAGAUGGAGGAUGGCGUAUCGUGGGCAGUAAGGGAAGAUGCAGAAAGAACAACGCCGUCUUCGACACGCUAGACGACCUGAUGCUCGCUGUGUCCCCGGCCUUCGAAGCGAAACGGAUGGAGAAGCUGAUGGAAAAGCUGGCGGAGGUUGCGGAUGGCAGGCAGAAGAGAGAAGGGCGCGAGGUGACCUCUGGUCUCUGCUAUUACCGCCAGCCAGGCGACACAGUCGCUCUCGCUUCACAGCCACGACCCUUGCAAACAGAAAGCCGCGCGUAUAAUCUCCGCAUCCACGCCCGCUCGAUGGCCGUCGAACGCAACAUUCGUUUCGACCUCGUUGCUCGCCUCUGCCCGAACGCGACUGGUGCCGAACUUCGCUCCGUGUACACCGAAGCUGGCAUGUUUGCGAUUCGCCAGCGUCGUAAAAUUGCGACGGAGAAAGACUUCCUCGAUGCGGUCGAGAAGGUCAUCCGCUCGGGCCAGAAGUUCUCGUCGACGUCGUUGUACGCCAACUACCAGUAG